UUAAUUUUUUAUUAUACAAUUAAUUCUAUUACAAUUAAUUAAAUUGUAUAUAAUUAUUUUUAUAAUCAUCCCGAUCGUAAUAAUCGUGAUAGCUGACAGCACUCGCGCGAUAGACGCCGAAAAAGCGUUUAGACAUCGCGAUUGCUUCGGAGUCCCAGCUGAGUUAGAAGAGAAGAGGAAAUAAGAACGGAAAGACACUUUGUCGGCACGGGACGUCUCACGGAUAGAUGGAGCGCGAUGUGUGUGUGUGUGUGUGUGUUUGUGUGUGUCGGGUUCGGAAUCGCAACACAGGCCUGGCUGUGGACUGGGAAACGGUUGACCAAAGAAAGCGAUUGUUUAAAAACAAGAGACAAUCGCGUAGUCCAUGCUCAGAGACUCAGAGGAGUCAGAGAUCAGAUCGUCAGAUCAAAUUCUCUUCACAAAUCAGUGUACUGACGACCGUCGCACAGUGUAGACCUGCCGAAUUCAUGAAAGUGGAAGGCAAAAGAACUCGCAGACCUAGGAGUGACGGCUGCAUUACAUGCGUGCCAGAGACGGCACCGCUUCCAUAUAAAAAGAUUGGAUUGCGAUCGGAGCAUAAAAGGACGACGGCAGCGACGGCGCCGCUACCAGCGGAUGAAAGGACGAUAGCGACGGCGCCGCUACCAAUGGAUGAAAGGACAAAAGCGACGGCGCCGCUCCCGGUCCACGAGAAGAUAGCGACAGCGACGCCGCCGCUACCAAUGGAUGAAAGGAUGAUAACGACGGCGCCGCUCCCGGUCCACGAGAGGAUAGCGACAGUGACGGCGCCGCUACCAGUGGAUGAAAGUACGAUAGCGACGCCGCCGCUACCAGUGUAUGAGAGAACGGUGGCAGCAACGGCGUCGCUACCAGCGGAUGAAAGGAUGAUAGCGACGGCGCCGCUACCAGUGCACGAAAGGACGAUAGCGACGGCGCCGCUACCAGUGUAUGAGAGAACGGUGGCAGCAACGGCGUCGCUACCAGCGGACGAAAGGAUGAUAGCGACGGCGCCGCUACCAGUGCACGAAAGGACGAUAGCGACGGCGCCGCUACCAGUGUAUGAGAGGACGGUGGCAGCAACGGCGUCGCUACCAGCGGACGAAAGGAUGAUAGCGACGGCGCCGCUACCAGUGCACGAAAGGCCGAUAGCGACGGCGUCGCUGCCGGUGUACGAGAGGAUGGUGGCAGCGACGGCGCCACUACCAGCGCAUGAAAGGACGACAGCGACGGCGCCGCUACCAGCGCAUGAAAGGAUAUACGAGAGAUCAACAGCGACGGCGCCGCUAUUGACACAAGAGACGACGACAGCGACGGCACAUUAUAUGGCACAGGCUACUACUUGGAAGGGUCGAGACGGAAUUAACAAGAAAAUAACUCAAACGGUGCAUCGUCUAAUUCAAAAAGAAAAAAAAAAAUUAAGGAAGUACGCAUUGGAUCCACCGGCACCACCAGCGAGAAUGAUCGCAACCCCUCCUGUGCAAGGCUACGUCCCGGCACCGCCCGCGAUGCAAGCAUACGUCCCGGCAUCGCCCGCGAUGCAAGGAUACGUCCCGGCAUCGCCCGCGAUGCAAGGAUACGUCCCGGCAUCGCCCGCGAUGCAAGGAUACGUCCCGGCAUCGCCCGCGAUGCAAGGAUACGUCCCGGCAUCGCCCGCGAUGCAAGGAUACGUCCCGGCAUCGCCCGCGAUGCAAGGAUACGUCCCGGCAUCGCCCGCGAUGCAAGGAUACGUCCCGGCAUCGCCCGCGAUGCAAGGAUACGUCCCGGCAUCGCCCGCGAUGCAAGGAUACGUUCCGGCAGCACCCGCGAUGCAAGGAUACGUUCCGCGGUACUAUUAGUGUCACACACACACACACAAACGCACGCACACACACACACACACACACACACACACACACGCACGCACGCACACACACAUCAUGAACAGACAGGUACUCGCGCGCAUGCCCCCCUUCUCUCUCUCUCUCUCUCUCUCUCUCUCUCUCUCUCUCUCUCUCUCUCUCUCUCUCUCUCUCUCUCU